AUGAGUUCCUUUCUGUGCUUUCAGACCAUCAUCAAAGAGGGGAUGCUGACCAAACAGAACAGUUCAUUCCAGCGAUCCAAACGGAGGUACUUCAAGCUGCGAGGGCGAACGCUGUACUACGCAAAGACUGCAAAGUCAAUCAUAUUUGAUGAGGUGGACCUGACAGAUGCCAGCGUGGCUGAAUCCAGCACCAAAAACGUCAACAACAGUUUUACGGUCAUCACUCCAUGUAGGAAACUCAUCCUAUGUGCUGACAACAGGAAAGAGAUGGAGGAUUGGAUCGCAGCGCUGAAGACCGUCCAGAACAGGGAGCACUUUGAGCCAACCCAGUAUAGCAUGGAUCACUUCUCAGGGAUGCACAACUGGUACGCCUGCUCCCACGCGAGGCCCACCUACUGCAACGUGUGCCGUGAGGCUCUGUCUGGGGUCACGUCCCACGGACUGUCCUGUGAAGUGUGCAAGUUCAAGGCCCACAAGCGGUGUGCUGUGCGUGCAACCAGUAACUGCAAGUGGACCACGCUGGCCUCCGUCGGGAAGGACAUCAUAGAGGACGAAGACGGGAUUGCGAUGCCUCACCAGUGGCUGGAGGGGAACCUGCCAGUGAGCGCCAAGUGCACAGUGUGUGACAAGACCUGUGGCAGCGUGCUGCGCCUACAGGACUGGCGCUGCCUGUGGUGCAAGGCCAUGGUGCACACGGCGUGUAAGGAAUCCUUAGUGACCAAGUGCCCGCUGGGCCUGUGUAAAGUGUCGGUCAUCCCUCCCACAGCUCUCAACAGCAUCGAUUCCGACGGCUUCUGGAAGGCCACAUGUCCUCCAUCCUGCACAAGCCCCUUGUUGGUCUUCGUCAAUUCAAAAAGUGGGGAUAACCAGGGCGUGAAAUUCCUCAGAAGAUUCAAACAGUUGCUGAACCCUGCCCAGGUCUUUGACCUCAUGAAUGGAGGGCCACACCUUGGCUUACGCUUAUUCCAGAAGUUUGAUACAUUCCGGAUCCUGGUGUGUGGUGGGGACGGCAGUGUUGGCUGGGUCCUCUCUGAAAUCGACAGCCUCAACCUUCACAAACAGUGUCAGCUGGGAGUGCUGCCCCUUGGCACGGGGAAUGACCUGGCUCGCGUGCUAGGCUGGGGCUCAGCCUGUGAUGAUGACACCCAGCUCCCGCAGAUCCUGGAGAAGCUGGAAAGAGCCAGCACCAAGAUGCUAGACAGGUGGAGCGUCAUGGCCUACGAGACCAAACUGCCUCGGCCCGCCUCCUCCUCGACCGUUGUCACCGAGGACUUCAGCGAGGGUUCUGAGGUACAGCAGAUUCUCUUCUAUGAAGACUCGGUCGCGGCCCAUCUUUCUAAAAUCCUGACCUCCGACCAGCACUCGGUGGUGAUCUCCUCGGCAAAAGUGCUCUGUGAGACGGUGAAGGACUUCGUGGCUCGUGUGGGGAAGGCCUAUGAGAAGACGACUGAGAGCUCGGAGGAGUCGGAGGUCAUGGCUAAGAAGUGUUCCAUCCUGAAAGAGAAGCUGGAUUCUCUCCUCAAGACCUUGGACGACGAGUCCCAGGCCUCCUCCUCUCUGCCCACCCCGCCGCCCACCAUUGCCGAGGAGGCGGAAGAUGGAGACGGGACAGGCAGCAGCUGCGGCUCAACUGUGGACCGCUCGGUGGGGUCAACUUGCCCGGCCCGGCCACAGAUAUUCCGGCCUCGGGAACAGCUCAUGCUGAGAGCCAACAGCCUGAAGAAGGCAAUUCGCCAGAUCAUAGAGCACACAGAAAAAGCUGUUGAUGAGCAGAAUGCACAGACCCAGGAACAGGAGAGGAUUGUCUUAGGUCUCUCUGAGUCAGAGGAGAAAAAGGACCUGAAGUCAGACGACACGGUGUGCUCCAGCGAGAGCUGUGGGGCUGCCAAACACAGGAGCCUCCGCAAAGUGUCCAAGUCCCCAUGUGAGAAGCUCAUCAGCAAAGGAAGUUUGUCACUGGGCAGUUCUGCCUCUCUCCCUCCCCAGUCAGGAAACCGGGAUGGCCUGCCAGCGCUGAACACGAAGAUCCUGUUCCCAAAUGUGCGCGCAGGGAUGUCUGGUUCCUUGCCUGGCAAUUCCGUCAUCAGUCGCUUAUUAAUUAAUGCUGAUCCCUUCAACUCCGAACCAGAAAACCUAGAGUAUUACACAGAGAAGUGUGUCAUGAACAACUACUUUGGCAUCGGCCUGGAUGCGAAGAUAUCCCUGGACUUCAACAACAAGCGGGAUGAGCACCCGGAGAAGUGCAGGAGUAGAACUAAGAACAUGAUGUGGUAUGGGGUGCUUGGGACCAAGGAGUUGCUGCACCGAACCUACAAGAACCUGGAGCAGAAGGUCCUGCUGGAGUGUGAUGGGCGGCCCAUCCCGCUCCCCAGCCUCCAGGGAAUUGCCGUCCUCAACAUUCCCAGCUAUGCCGGAGGGACCAACUUCUGGGGGGGCACCAAGGAAGAUGAUACUUUCGCAGCUCCGUCCUUUGACGACAAGAUCUUGGAGGUGGUGGCUGUGUUUGGCAGCAUGCAGAUGGCUGUCUCGCGGGUCAUUCGGCUGCAGCAUCACCGGAUCGCCCAGUGUCGCACAGUGAAGAUCUCCAUUCUGGGGGACGAGGGCGUGCCUGUGCAGGUGGAUGGAGAGGCCUGGAUCCAGCCCCCAGGCUACAUCCGCAUCAUCCACAAGAACCGGGCCCAGAUGCUCACCCGAGACAGGGCAUUUGAGAACACGCUGAAGUCCUGGGAAGACAAGCAGAAGUGCGAGCUCCCUCGCCCGCCAUCUUUUUCCUUGCACCCCGAGAUCUUGUCCGAGGAUGAGGCCACCCAGAUGGACCAGUUCGGGCAGGCGGCAGGAGCCCUCAUCCACAGCAUCCGGGAGAUCGCUCAGUCCCACCGAGACAUGGAGCAGGAGCUCGCCCACGCCGUGAACGCCAGCUCCAAGUCCAUGGACCGUGUGUACAGCAAGCCCAGGACCACGGAGGGGCUGAACUGCGGCUUCGUCCUGGAGCUGGUGAGCAACAUGAAGGCCCUGCGCAGCGAGACAGAGCUGCUGCUGGCCGGGAAGAUGGCCCUGCAGCUGGACCCCCCUCAGAAGGAGCGGCUCGGGGCUGCUCUUGCCGAGAUGGACCGACAGCUCCUGAAGCUGGCGGACACGCCCUGGCUGUGCCAGCCCACGGAGCCCAGUGAUGAAGAGAACAUGCUGUCGGACCUCUCCAAGCGCGGCCGCAGCGGGAAAUUCCGCCUGGUGACCAAGUUCAAGAAGGAGAGGAGCAGCAGGAACAGAGAGGCGCACUGCAGCCUGGGAGCCCCGGUUCACCUCUGGGGGACAGAGGAGGUGGCUGCCUGGCUGGAGCACCUCAGUCUCUGUGAGUAUAAGGACAUCUUCACUCGGCACGACAUCCGGGGCUCUGAGCUCCUGCACCUGGAGCGGAGGGACCUCAAGGACCUCGGCGUGACCAAGGUGGGCCACAUGAAGAGGAUCCUGUGUGGCAUCAAGGAGCUGAACCGCAGCCCCCCUGCCACCGAGGCCUAGCCUCUGCCCUCUCGGCCUGUGUGCUCCGCUCCUGUGACUGAGCUGGGAGCGGGCGCGGCCCGGCCUUCUCAUGGUGCUACUUCCACCCUUGUGCUCGCGACGGGAAGCCUCAGACACGGUCUCGGACACCAACAUAGCUACCUUUGGACUCGCCCCUUUCCAGCCCAGUGGCGUGUGGGGUGACUGGGCCACCACCUCUCUGCUCUCACUGACCGGCGUCCUGGGCCAGGUCCCGCCUCCCUGGCCUCGGGUGUCGCUGGCUGGGCCGCACACGAGUGUCCCGCCGGCUCCUCUCUGCGCCCUUUCACCGUGUGUUGUGUGGCGCUGUCUCCCAGUCGGCUCUGGAGUUAGGGAGCAGACCGCGGUCCCUCACCAGGAGCCUGUGCCUGCCAGCUGCCGUGGUUCUCCACAGCUGUCCUGCGAGGCUGCCCACUCGGACGUCCCCGUUUAUUAAGGUCCCGCCUUCCUGGUUCGGAGGCGCCAUGGGUGCAUUUCCGGUCCUGUCCAUUUUAAUUGAACGCAAAAGGAAGGAAAACGUGCUCCUCCUGGGCCAGUGAACAGGUGGCCACAUUCUUGGGCUGACGGCCCCACCCCGCAUGUCUCAGGUCCUCCCGAGCUGCGGGCCUGGGGAGACGGUCCGUCUGUCCAGGACACAGCCUCCUCUGAGCACUGUGGCCAGUGGCCUCCCCGACAAGGGAGGCUGUAAGGCACUGGGUCAGAGUUUCUGUGGAGACAGCACAUCCCUUCUGUGGGACAACAGGCUGUUACCUGGGCAGAGCGGCCUCAGGUGGCAGCCUGGGCCGUCCUGGGAGCCUCUGACCCUAUGGGUGGCUUCUCCUCUCAAGUUGUCAGGCCCUAGGUCCCUGGAGGUGUCCACAGCUCACUGGGCUCUCCAUGUCAUCUCUGCCUUUGACUUGGCCCCUUAUGGCCCUUCCAGAGACGGCCACACCUCACAGGGCUCUCGCCCACCCUAGAAAGGGGGUUCUGUAACCCCCACCCCAGCCCUGGGUGCAAGGGUCCACACCCCAAAGAGGAGGGCUGACCAUGUAAGGGGACUGGGCAGGAGGCCUCAGGGCACUAUCCAGAGUCACCCGUAGGGGCCCCUUCGGGACUCAGCUGAACAGCAUUUACCUGCCACUCGCUUUGCAGCCCCAUUUCCAGCUUCUCUGAUCAGUGAGCCCAGUGGGGUCCCCUCCCCGGGCUUGGCCAGGCACCUGACCCUGGUUUGGGGGUGCUCCCACUGGUGGCUCUGUGGCAGUGUUGGGGUGGGGGUGAGAGCCCCGUGUUCUGCACAUGCCCUCGGCUGUGAGACCGGCAGUGGCGUGUGGUGUGCGGCCUUCCGUGCCCUGCGCCUCCCUUCCCAUCGGAACAGCUAUAAGUGGAGGAAGGUGGGGAGAGACUCUGGCCCCAGAAAUCACCCAUUUCAAAGUAGAGAUCGUGGGGCCCCAGAGCAGGCUGCCCGGUGUCUGGGGCAGGGCCCUGCAUUCUGAGGCUCAGGUUUGGGUCAUGCGUGGUGUUUAAAAUCAGUAUGUCGUCAGUGAUUAAAGCAGCACUGUUUACGUAAAAGCCAUUUUUCUAACUCUUGUCAGAAGCAAAAGGAAUGAAAAUGAGUUUUGCAUGAAGGUGCGUCGGUGAAGGGCGGGCGUCCGUUCCUCGUGGUGUCUGUGGCUGCCCCCUGCUGUGUCCGGGGUGGGGUGUCCUGUCUGUGGGGGAGGGAGGAAGGGUCCCUGGAGAGUCUUCGAGGGAAGGUUUUGUGUCCGUGGGUGGGGCUCGCCCUCAUAUUUAUGAUUAUUUAUACAGUGCCCGCCGUGGAGCCAAUGCCUGCUGUGUUGCUAUGUACAUAGUCCACGUUGGGGUUGUAAAUACGUUGUGUGUGUAAAUAAAACAAGCUUGUUUUGGAUCUCUCGUCCAA